AUGCAAGAUUUCUUUAUGUUUACAACUGAUAAUGUAUUCCAGGUAGAGUAUUCUUCAAUAAUUAACCAUGAAAAUGCAGCUUUGAGCCUAAUCAAUAUCAAAGAAAGUUCAAAUACUGUUAUUAAUAAUUAUACUUGUACAAAUUCAGAAAUUCCUAUUAAUCCCUAGAAUGAUGGGUCUUGUGCUAAAAUUGUUUCCCAAAAACCUCUUAACUUUAAUUUUACUAAUGCAUUUAUUUCUAAUAAAAGCUCUUAUAAUGGCUAUAUCAUAGAAUAUAGAGAGAAAUCGAUAACAGCAGUCUAGUAAAGUUCCUAAAUUAAAAUAUAGCAAUAUUUAUAUUUAAGUAAUAUCACUGUUAGCAAUUUAUUUCUCUAGUCUUUAACUCAGCUUGAUUAAGUAAGCUUCAUGCUGAUUCACCAUAAUUAAAAUGCAUUAGUUUCGAUAAGAGAUUUUAAUUCAAGUAAUGUAAAAAUUAGUACAUCUCAGACACCAUUUAUUGAAUAUGGAGUACUAAUUUAUAUUUUUGCACCCACUUCAAUGGUUGAAAUUUAAAAUAUUUAGUUGAAGAAUUUUGACAGUAAUUCACCAUACAGUUUAAUUAUGAUUAAUUCUUAACAAAUAUCUAUCUAAGAUAGCACUUUUUCAGGGAUAAAUCAUUUUCUUUAAGAUAAUCUUUUAAGAGGUUCAGGGUUUUUUAAAGUUUUAUCUCAAUAUACAAUAAUAAACAAUUGUACUUUUGAAAAAGGUAGAUUUUAAGAUGGAGGAGCUCUUAAUAUUUUAUUAAAUGAUUAAAUUUAGCAAUUAUAUAUAUAUAGUUGCAAGUUUGAAGAUUUUGUAACAAUGUAAAGCGGAGCUUCUAUAUUCUUUUAGAAUGAAGCCUUUUAAUUGAAAUCUGAGAUAUUUAAUGUUACAUUUAAUUAAUCCUAUGCUAUUAACUAAGGUGGAGUAGUUUAUCUAAAGGGAUCAUCAUAAACAUAGCUUGUUGGCUCUAGUAUUAUAUUUUUAAAUAAUAGCAUUUUUGAUACAUAUGCUUUUUCUAGUGGAAGUUUUAUAUUUGCUAACCUAGCUUAAAUAAUAAUUUAAAACUCUACUAUGACUUAGAAUAACCCCAGCAAAAUAAUAUAAUUUCAAAUUUUUUAUAACCUUGAUUAGUUAUUUUGUUAAAUGGGAUCAAUGAUUGAUGUUAUUUCAUGCCAACUGAAUAUAGAGGACUCAACAAUAUAAAAUUUAAAAUCUGUAGUUUCUAUACCCUGCAAACCAUUAAUUAUUUUAGCAUAAAGCUUUAGUAAUAUUACUAUAUCUCAAACUUAGAUAAGUUAAAUUAUUUAAGAUUUUAAUGGAUUGAUAACAAUCAAAUAAUCAAAUAUUUAAAUAGUUGAUUCUUCAUUUACACAAAUUCAGGAUAAAAAAACAACAGGUUCAGGUUAAUCUGAUCAGGAAAAUAGUAUUUCUUCAAUUAUAAAAAGUGAAUUUGGUAUUUAAAAAAACUCAGCAAUUAACAUACUAUAGUAGAGCUAUUACUUUUUUGACUCUAGUGUUUUUUAGAAUAUAAGAUGUUAAUAUGAUGAUUUUUGCUAUGCAGGAGUAUUAGUUAUAUAGGAUUCAGGAGGUAAAAUCAGAAAUAGUUCCUUUGAUCACAAUUUUAGUAAAAAUAAUGGAGGAGCAAUUAGUAUGUUAAACUUGUUAUCUGUUUCAGAAAUACUCUCUUCAAAUUUUACAAAUAAUGAAGCCCUGAAAAACGGAGGAGCAAUUUAUGUUUAGAGAAAUUAAGGUAAACUUAAGAUGUAAAUAGAUAAAUCUAUAUUUUCUAGUAAUAAUGCUUUCAGUGGAGGAGGACUUUAUUUAGAUAUUGCCUCAGCAACUUAGAACUAUGUUUAAGAUUUUUCGAUCAAAGAAUCAAUAAUCUCUUAAAAUUAAGCUAAAUUAGCAGGAGGUGGGAUAACGUAUUUAGUUAAAAAACCCUUUCUCCUUAACACAAUUGUCGAAGACAACAAAGCUAUUUAGAUCUAUGGUAAGAAUUUAUUUUCAGGACCUGUUAGAAUUCGAUUAAAUUUGGAAAAGACUCUUCAAUGCAAUGAUAAAAAAUCAAUAAAUUAAAACGUUUUUCUGAAAAUCUAAUCAUUAUCUUCAGUUACUUAUUCAAUUCAUAAUUAAGUGAGUGGUUAGGAUCUUCCAUGUCUCAUUUUUAGUUAUAUUGAUGAGAAUGGCUUAGAAAUAAAUGAAACUUACAAUUAAUUUUCAGAUACAAUAGUUUAGUUAACUUUGUACAAGUAAAUAUCAGGAAAUAUCGACUAUAAUAUUAUUUCAAAUCAAAGAGUAUUUCAAUAUUAAGGUUACUUUAAUAUAUCUAAUGUUAGAAUUUAAGGCACUCCAAAUUCAACUAUUGUACUCAAUUUUACUUCAAAUUUAAUUCAGUAUUAAGGUUAAUAAACCUAUUAUACUCUAUUUUUAGAGGUUAAUUUAAGAUAAUGCAAACAAGGAGAAAUCAUGAUAGAAAUAGCUUAAAAACAAAAAGGAUAUUAAAAUAUUUAUGAAUGUUAUUAAUGUGCACAAGGAGAAUACUCUCUAAUACAGCCAAACAUUGACGAUCAUGGAGAAUGUAAAAAGUGCUCACCUUAUGCAAUAUGUGAAGGAGGUAAUUAAAUUACCAUUAAGCCAGGUUAUUGGAGAAGUUCAGAUUAAUCAGACUCAAUUUUAUUUUGCAUUAAUAAUCCACUAAAUUGUCUAGGAGGAAAAUAUAAUAAAACCUGUGAAGUUGGGCACAUUGGCCCAUUAUGCGAAGAAUGCGAUUCCAAUAAAGGCUAUGUUUAAUAUGGAAAAUUGCAAUGCUUUUAAUGUGAAUCAACUAUAAUAAACAUAAUAAAAAUUCUUGUUCUCCUUAUUAUUUUUGUUAUUACACAAAAAUUAAUUGUAAGUGGAAUUCUAGAGAAAUUAGAAGAUUUAUGGAAAAAAAAGUUAUUUGGAAAUAGAAAUACUACUAACAAAUCUAACAAAUAAAAUUAAAACAUAAAUAGCAUAAAGUUUAGCUCAUAAAAAUUAUUGAGUUUAAAUCAUUUGAAAAAGUCUUCUUUUAACACUUUAAAAUCUUAACCUUUACAAGAAGAAUAAUAUAAUCAUGAUACUGGGGUUAUUUUAAAAUUUAUCAUUAACCACUUGCAAAUACUGGCAGCAAUAACUCAAUUCCAAAUAAACUUACCAGAAGUACUAAAUUAAUCGAUACAGAGUUCUUCCAACCCUACUGAAAAUAUUUUUAAUUCCAUUUAGUGCAUAUUAAAAGAUUUACAAAGUAAGACAGAAAUCAGAAUGAUUUACCUACAACAGAUAUCUUUUAGCAAGCAAUUAGACUGCUUAAGUGUAGAAAUAUAGGUAAAAUUUUUUAAUUAAUCAAUAAAAAUUAAUUCACUUCUUAAAAUACAAAAUGAAAAAGAUGGUGUUGAAUAUAUUCAAGCAAAUGUAGUUUACAGAUGCUACACAGAAGAAUACACAUUUUUCAGCAGAAUUUUAGUCAUCCCUGUUUUAUUGUUAGUCUCUAUAGUCAUACCAUCUUGGUUACUGUGUAUGAAUAUCUAACCUUUCAAAAUAAACUUUUACAAUAAAAUUGACAAGACAUCAAUUUUCAUACUAUUUUUAUCUUUUUUUUUGGGUUUUGUUGCCUAUAAAAAUUUCUAUGUAAAGUGGGUUUGGAUUACAUCUAUUGUUAGUAUUUGCUUCCUUAACUUUGUUUUUCUAAUUUGGACGCUAAAAAUUUUGAUUUUGGCAUAGUUUGAUGAGCUACUAAUCUAUUUAAGAUAGCUUUCUAUCAAUAUAAAUCUGAUUAGCAAAUGGACAGGAAAAGCCUCAUUUGCAGUAAAAGGAAUCAUAAAAAUAAACUAAGAAAACAAAGUGAUUAUUGAAAUUGAAAGAAUAGGAAAUCAGAUUGCUUGCAAAUCAGACAAUACCAGUAUUUUUUGCAUGAAUGAAAAAGUUAGCUCAAACAGCUUAUGUAGAGGCAACUUAUAUUUAAAUAAUAUUUCUGAAUCUACAAUAUAAGAUCAUUUUAGCGCAUAACAACUAAGACCUUUUCCAUACAUCCCUUCAAAAUAAUUAUCAAGGACUAUCAUUAACCAAAGCAAUUUUGCAUAAUAUCAAGUUAAAAAAGAUUAUGUAAUUGAUCCACCAAAUUCACCUAAUUGA